GCCUGUGGCCUCAUGAUGUUCGUUCGCGAAAUGACAGAGGAUGACAUCGCGGAGGCAACUCGCUUUCUGCGUGAUCAUUUUUACGGACAUGAGCCGCUUAUGCAGACGCCAGGUGCUCAUCCAGUGACUUAUGAUGAUGCAACGAGACGCGAGUAUCGCCUGUCGCUAAUACGCCAGGGCACCUCGCUCGUUGCGCUCGAUGGGGCACGCUUUGUGGGCGUUGCUUUUGCUGGCAUAGUGCGCAGCAGCGAUCUGGAGCAGAAUUGGCUUGAAGUGAAUGGACAGAAGCCACAGCAGCUGAUCGAACAUGUGCACUACUUCCUCGCCGACGUUGAGCACAGAGCGCAAGUAUUUGAGCACUACAACGUCGUCGAUGCUCUGUACUUGAGCAUUCUGGCAGUGGAUGCUUCGCUGCGACGCCAAGGACUGGGGCGGCUGCUUGUUGACGGCUUGAUGGAGCUGGGUCGUGUCAAGCGGCUGCCUCUACUCUUCACCAGCUGCACCAGCCUCUACUCAGCCCGCUUAAUGGCAGCCCUGGGCAUGGACUGCGUGCUAUCUGCGCCCUAUGCCAACUACCAGGAUGAGCAGGGAAAUGUGGUGAUUCAACCGCCAGCACCACACAGCGCGGUCAAUGUUAUGGCUAUCAAAUUGUAGUCACGGUGUUGUU